GCCGCCAAAAAACAAAUAUGUUCGGCUGGUUCCGUGACUACUGGCGCAUCGUGGUCCCGCCCAAGGCGCCGUCCGAAGUCGACGCCGAGCGCUGGCUGCUGGUGUGCCCUUUGCCGGGCGAGAGGUACGGGUCGUGCCAGUGCCGACCGUUCUUCCGGUACUUUAUCUUGCUCGCCGCGAUCGCGUCGCAGUUUGUCUGCGGCGUGCUCUUUGCGCUCAGCACCGUCUCCAAGCCAUUCGAUUUCGAUGCCUUUGGCGGCCACGACCAAGGCCGCAACAUGGCGCUUGGCAUCCUCUCGGGCAUCUGCGUCGCGCUCACGACCGCGUUCGUCGGCCCAGCUUCCGAGCGCAACGGCCCGCGCUGGAGCACACUCCUCGGCGCCGGCUUUGUUGCCCUUGGCCUCCUCUUGGUCCAACUUGCCCUUUGGACGCUGACAUGGUCGCCGCUCGUGCUCGGGAGCGUCUCGCUCGGCCUCGCUUUCGGCUACCUCAUGGUGAGCUCGAUCUCGACGGUGCAAAAGUGGUACCCAGAUGCGCGCGGGUUCGCCAUGGGCGCGUCCAUGGCGGGCUUUGGUGCCGGCCAAAUCGCGUGGAACGAGCUCUCUGCAUACGCCGACGACCACAUGGACGACAGCGUGGCCUCUAAGAAUGUGUUUUUGCUGACGCUGGUGGUCCUAUCGCCGCUCCUCGGCUACUGCGUGCUUGCGAUGCGGACACCACCGGCGACCUUCCGCGUCAACGGCCACGACAUGCACGGGAUCCCGUCCGACGCGGUGCUCAGCGCCGAGCGCAUCCAAGGCGACUACCUCGACUUUGGCAUGACGCUUGUCAACUACACGGCGGUGACCAAGCCGCGCGCCGACGCCGCCGCGCCGGGUACCGAGCGCGCCUACUACGAGCACGUGCGGGGUCUCACGCUCGUGCAGUGCAUCUUCUCGACCGACUUUGUGUGCCUCGUGCUGGCGUUUGCUGCCAACACGACCAUGGCGCUGCUGUACGUGGAGAUUGCGACGCCGAGCCUCGACGGUCUCUUGACAUCGUGGUACAACGUUUCGCUCGACGAAGCCAACGCGUUCAUUCUGCAUGCGGACGCGGUUGGUCUCGCCGGCCGCUUCUUUUGCCCGAUCCUCUCGGACGUUCUAUUGCGUGCGCUGUACUUGAACCCGGCGUACGCGCGGAAGCUCAUGAUGCUACUGCUGCUGCUCGUACCGGCGAUCGCGCUGCCGCUCCUGCACAGUGAGCUCGACGACUUUGGCCAGCUGAAAACGCUCAUUUUCAUUGUCAAGGUCUGCUCGGGCGGCGGGUUUGCGGUCAUUGGCUGCUUCCUCACGGAUCUCUAUGGCGUCUACAACAUGGGUACGAUGUACGGCCUCAUUCUCAUGAGCUGGUCCCUCGGCAUGGUCAUCGUCGGCCUCGUGUUCUCGGGUCUCAAGCGCGACUUUGUCGAUCAAGUCCGGCUCAUGUGGAUCCUCUCGCUCGCGGGGUUUGUCUUUAUGGCGCUCGUGCGCACCGACAAUAUGGACCGGUUCUACCACGGGUACCAGUACUCGAUUUGUGGCAAGAUCAUCAUCCAGCGGCCGUACAAGAAGUCGAAAAAUGUGCGGCAGAGCGUCGCGUCGAUCGCGCGGUCGACACCGACGCCGGUCGGAGGCAUCGCACCCCCCGAGGUCCCGCGCACCCGCUACGAAGAGCCCUUCUUCCUCGUGAGCUCCGAUUCCGAGACGAGCUACGUCGUCUAAGUUAUUUACCAUACUAUAGUCCUUUCACACAG